GAAAGCACCACGUCUCGAAAUCCCAUAGAGAGCAAAGAAGCAGACCCAAAAGACAUGGGCAACAGUGGAGAGGAAGGAAAACUGCAUCGCAGACUUUCUCGAAUAGGGAGCAGAUCGCAGAGAGAGCCGCCACGACCCCCUCCUCAAACAGACAGACCUCCAACGGUGGUUCCUCCAAGACCUGCUGAUACUGCUCCAAAACCUCCAGAACCUGCGCCAAAACCAGUUGCAAUCCUCCCAAAACCUCCAGUGGCCCAAAAGCCCACCGCACCUCCAAAGCCACAAAUACAAGUGUUCAACAGCACAGAGCAUGGUGCUGCCAUACUCAAUGGUUUGGAUUGUUUUCGUGGUGAUGAGACUCUUUGCGAUGUGACUCUGGUACCUGGUGACAGCAGUGAAACUUUCCCAGUCCACAGGGUCAUCAUGGCUUCAGCCAGUGACUACUUCAAGGCCAUGUUCACGGGUGGCAUGAGAGAGCAGGAGCUGAAGGAGAUCAAGCUCCAUGGGGUGAGCACAGUGGGCCUGAAGAACAUCAUCGAGUUCAUCUACACAUCUCGUGUGAGCCUGAGUCUAGGCACCCUUCAGGACACGCUAGAGGCGGCGAGCUUCCUCCAGGUGCUUCCCGUUCUCAGCUUCUGCAACCAGCUACUCAGCAGUGAGAUCACUAUAGAAAACUGUGUGGAAGUUGAGCGCAUUGCCAGGGAUCUUCUUCUGGAAGAUGUCCAAGAACACGUCCACGCGUUUGUGUGCGAGAACUUCUCUGAGCUGGUGCAGAGUGGCCGCCUCCUGCAGUUGUCCAAGGCGAGCAUAACGUAUGCCCUCUCCAGUGACUCUCUGAAGGGUUUCUCUGAAAUGGAGCUGUACCGCAUCGCCCGUACCUGGCUGUCCCAUAAACCCACCGAGCGACGUCCUGCGGCUUACUCUCUGAUGCGCCACAUCCGCUUCCCUCUGAUGUCCCCUGCUGAGCUCCUCCAGAUCUCUCAGGAGGAGCAGACUGAAGAAGGAGCAGUGAGCAGAGGAAAAGAUGAAGGAGAGCCGUUCAUGCGAUCAGACACGGCCUGUGUCAACCUCCUCCUGGAGGCCAGCAACUACCAGAUGCUUCCCUUCCUCCAGCCGGCGCUCCAGACGGAGCGGACCCGGAUUCGGUCCGAUUGCACUCACCUGGUGGCUCUGGGUGGUGUAAUGAGGCAGCAGCUGGUGGUCAGCAAAGAGCUCAAGCUGUACGAUGAGGAAGACGGAGGCACCUGGAGGGCGCUCCAACCUAUGGAGGUGCCACGUUACCAGCACGGAGUGGCUCUUCUAGGGGACUUUCUUUACAUUGUGGGAGGUCAGAGCACUUACGACACCAAGGGUAAGACAGCAGUGGACAGCGCGUACAGGUAUGAUCCUCGCUUUGACCGCUGGUUGCAGGUGGCCUCUCUGAAUGAGAAGAGGACGUUCUUCCAUCUGAGUGCUCUUAAGGGGAAGCUGUAUGCUGUUGGAGGGAGAAAUGCCACUGGGGAGAUUGAUUCGGUGGAGUGCUACAACUUGAACAAGAACGAGUGGACUUUUGUUGCACCGAUGUGUGAACCUCACUAUGGACACGCUGGCACAGUACAUGGAGGUCUGAUGUAUGUGUCAGGCGGAAUCACAAGAGAUGCUUUCCAGAAAGAGCUGCUGUGUUACAACCCCGAUGGAGACGUGUGGAGCAGACGAGCAGAUAUGAUGGAGCUCCGCGGUCUUCACUGCAUGUGCACUGUUGGCGACCGCCUCUACGUCAUGGGUGGAAACCACUUCCGGGGGACAAAUGACUAUGAUGAUGUGCUAAGCUGUGAAUUCUACAGCCCUGAAACUGACCAGUGGACAGUGGUGGCUGCGAUGCCCAGGGGUCAGAGCGAUGUGGGCGUGGCGGUCUUUAAGGGACGCAUCUAUGUGGUGGGUGGUUACUCCUGGAACAGCAGAUGUAUGGUGGAUAUCGUGCAGUGUUACGACCCUGAGAAGGAUGAGUGGGAGAAGGUCUUCAGUGUCCAGGAGCCUCUUGGAGGCAUACGGGCCUGCACUAUGACAGUUCAUUGCCCAAAAAGGUCAACAGAUGAGGGUGAAAUACAAGAGUGUCCUCUUUUAACAUCCAAAAGCUGAACAGAUGGUUUAAUAAAUCUAUUAGCCUUUAAAUGUGACAUACAGAAAUCAGCUUCACAUUCCAGUGAUGUGUAUUACAAAAAAAAGGUUGAGUGAUUUGAGUAAUGUACAUUCCACUUUAUUAA